AUGUCACUAUACAAUUCAUUAGACCUACCUCUAAAAUCACCAACAACAGAAUUAUUAUUUUAUUCAAAUCCAAUAUCAAAUUUAUUAUAUGAUUUAAAAAAUUCAGAAAUUAAAUAUAGAGAUCAAUUAUCCAAGUUAUUAGCUUGUUGUUCACUACUUAGACAAAGGGCUGGUAAUGAAUUAACUAAUUCUAUACGUAAAUUAAUUGCUAUUCAUACUGAAUUAACAAGAAUUUUGGAUUAUCAAGAUGAUUAUCAAGUUGGAAAGUUUAUGAAUUGGUGUGAAGAAUCUAUAUUAGUUUAUGAUAAUUAUAUUAAGAACUAUAAAAUAACAAAAGAUGAAUUAGAUUUAGAAUUGGAUUUGAAAAAAUGUCCAAUGAUUAGAAUAAUUCAAUUAAAAGAAUUUAUCCAGAAAAUUAUGGGAUUAAAUGAAUCAAAUAAUUAUAAAUUACUACAAAAUUAUCAAAAUUUAAUAAAUUCAUCACAACUCAAGAUUAAAUCAGAAAAUCAAAAAUUAGACCAAUCAAUUUUCUUUUUCAAUAAAGUUUAUUCCCUAUCAUCAACACCAAAACCAUCAUGUUCAUAUUUUCAUAUAAAUCAAAUAAUUAAUAGAAUUUUCGUUAAAUUUGAUCUUAUACACCCUCAAACAACAAUAUCUAAUCAAUUAAUUGAAUUGAUUCAAUUAGAUAAAGGGAUUGCAUUAUGUUCUAUAGAAACCAAAGGUAGAUCAUUGAUGUUUCCAAUAUUACAACAAAAUGAAUUUGAAAUCAUUUCAAAUGAUGAUUUGGUUCAUUUAUAUAAUGAUGAAAUGGAAUUAAAAUUUAAAUUUGAUAAAGAUUAUAAUCAAUCAUGGAAUCAAAUUUUUGAAAAUUAUUUUAAUCUUGAUUUAGAUUCAAAAUUUAUUAAUAAAUUUGAAAAUUUAGAAAAUUUAAAAAUGGGGAAUAUUGGAUUAGGUUUUAAAUUAGAUUCUCCAAAAUCAAAUUUAAGAAAAUCUUCACCAAUGAUUUCAAGACAUCCUUCUUUAAAUAUUGGGAAAUCUGAAUCCAUAAAUGCAUUAGAUAACAUUGAAUUAUUUUUCCAAAAUGAAGUUGAAAUGGAAUUAAAUAAUAAACCAUUAUCAACAAAAGAUUUAAAUAUUCAAAAUUAUGAAGAUGAAACUAAGGAUAGAUUAGGUUCAGAAUCUCCAGUAUUACCAUUAAACAUUAAAAAAUCAAAUGCAACAACAAAAUUAAAAUUAGGAAAUUUGGAAAAUUUAGAAAAUAAUUCAACAAUUUCAUUACCAAAUUUCCCAAAUACAAAUAAAUUAGAAUCAUUAAAUUUAAAUGAUAAAUUGAGUGGUUCAUCAAUUGAUUUAUCAAAAUUUGAUAAUAUCAAACCAAAUUUUAAACCUUUGAAAAAAAGAAAAUCCCUGUUUAAUUUAUUUAAAUCUAAGAAUGAACCUGAAUUUGAAAUUGUUAAUCCUAAAUCUCAAUCUCAAUCUCAAUCAUCAACAAAUUUGACACCAAGAACAUCAUCAUCAACAUCAUCAUCAACAUUAAAUGAAAAUAAUGUAUCCCAACCAAAACAAUCAAUGGCAUCAUUACAGAAAAACAUUAAAAAUUUAACAAUUUCUACAUCAUCACAAACUUUAGAUUCAAGUUUACCAUCACCAUUUGGUAAAUCAUCAAACAUUAAAGAAAUUUCAUUAACUCCAUUAGAAGAAUCAACAUUAUCAUCAUCGAAAAUUUUAAAAAUUUUUAAAAAUAAUACUAUUGUAUCAAAAUGGAAUAUUACACAAUGGUGUUGUAUUGGUGAAGAAUAUAAUAAUACUUUAAAAUUCAUUUCCACUUCAACAGGAACCAAGAUUAUGACAUUAUAUGUUAAUUCAUCAAUUUUUCCAAAAUUAAUGAUCCCAAUUGAUGGUUCUUCCAUUGUUCAAUCAAGUGCAUUAGAUAUUCAAUUAAAAUGUUUUAAUAAUAUUGAAGAAACAAAUAAAAUCAUGUUAAAUAUUAGAUGUAAAGAUAUUUAUACUUUAAAGCAAAUUUUAUUAGAAUUUGAAAAUCCUGUGGUGGAAAAAUUAAGUGCUUCAAAUUCUGAUGUUUUCAGUGCUCCUUCAAAUUCAACAAGUAUGAGUUCUGUUAGUGUUGAUGAAAUUCAAGAAUUAGGAAAACCAAAGGCCCUUGGUGGUGGUGCUGGAGGCAUUAUGAAACAAAAAUUUGGAUCUUCAUCAAGUUUAGGUUCAACAAAAACUUCAAUUCCUUGUCAAACUUUAUUAUUGAAAAGUGAUGUUAAAAUUAAAUUACAUAAAUUAGAUGAAGAUGAAGAAUGGAGACCUUUAUCAAUUGGGAAAUUUAAUAUUUCAAGUAAUUUAGGAAAUCCAUUUUUUUCCAAGUUUGAAAUUUUAUUAACAAAUAAAUUUAAAAUUGAUUCAAUUGUUAAAAAUUCAAAUUGUGAAAGAUUAGGUAAAUCUGGAUUAAAAUUUAAUUGUUUAAAUGAUUUAGGUGAUGAAUUAAAUUAUUUAAUUGAAUUUAGAAAUUCUGAUGAAUGUCAAGAAAUUUAUGAAAUGUUGAUAUAA